AUGGAUACCUAUCUUCAUCCACCUCACAUGGAAAUGCGAAAUAUGGAUGUCAAGUCUCUAAGUGAAGGGUUGAUAACUGCUUAUGGGAAAGUAGCUUUCGAAACUUUGGAUACAUACUUCAACAUUCAUGAAAAAAGAGUAUUGUCAAGAUUAAACUCCAAGGACAGGGCGGUCACUCAAUCAAUCACAGCUUUGAGAGGGUCGAUCGAUAGAUAUAAUGAUGCUAAUGAUUUAUUCAUUGCUGAAUCAGUCAUUGAGAUGGACAAGCUUUAUAGUGGACUAGAAGAAAGACAAAAGAAACAUCCUUCAUUAGGAAUGCAAGAUUGCCUUGUCCUUGAACUUUUGCAUUAUUUCAAAAAUGAUUUCUUCACCUGGGUUACAAAGCCAAAGUGUACCAAUUGUGGGAAAUGUGAAGAUAAUAUUGUCAUGAAAGGAGCAGUACCUCCUCCGAAUCCCAAUCCUGACGAGAUUACUAGGGUUGAAGUUUACACAUGUAAUGAUUGUGGUAUCAAUGUUGCUUUCCCACGUAUCAAUAAUCCUGUGAGAUUGCUUUAUACCAGAAAAGGAAGAUGUGGUGAAUGGGUCAAUUGUUUCAUGCUUGUACUCAAGGCCGUGUUGGGAGAAGAUUCGAAGACGAGGUAUGUAUGGAAUAAUGAAGAUCAUGUUUGGUGUGAGUAUUAUAGUCACCAUCUCAAACGAUGGAUUCAUCUUGAUCCUUGUGAAGCAGCUUUUGAUCAACCAAACUUGUAUACCGAUAAUUGGGGUAAGAAAAUGAGUUGGGUCAUAGGUAUAAAUGACAGUUAUGUAAUGGAUUUAUCAAGUAAGUAUAUUAAUAAUCCUGAAAAGAAAAUAGAUCAAUCAACAGUCGUUACUCAUGUGUCACUGGUGAACGAUUUCAUUAAAUUGUCAGCCUUUCAACAAAUGAAAAAUUAUGUUGGUCAAUUGAAGUCACCAGAAGAUUAUAGAAAGUUUUAUUAUGAUUGUCUCGUGUUAUUCAGACAAGAGAGAAAUCCACAUAGGACAGAACUGUUACCUUCCAUCGCAUCCUUGAAUAUAAGAGGAAGACAAACAGGGGGGGCCGAAUGGACCAAAGCUAGAGGGGAAGACGGAGUAUAG